AUAGCAAUAUUUGGGUCAACAAGUGUUGGCUAGGAGUUGUCAGUAAUGAAUUCUUCAACAGAUCCUAAUGAUCAUCACUGUAUACAGAUUUCUAAUAAUGCAACAAUCAAUAAUAUUAAUAGUACUAGUAAUGGCAAAACUGAAGAUGUUACUGGUGAGAUAGAUGUUUCUUUGAAGCAGUCGCGUUUAGUUUCUGUCGACGUAUUCAGAGGACUCUCGGUGGCGCUUAUGGUAUUUGUAGAUCAUGUUGGUGGUAUCCAACCUGCAAUUAAUCAUUCGCCAUGGAAUGGUGUUACUCUAGCUGAUUUUGUUAUGCCAUUCUUCUUGUUCAUCGUUGGAGUUGCUCUGUCGUUCGCUUAUAAGAGGUUGAAGUGCAGAGUUGAUGCAACUAAGAAGGCUGUACUUCAGGCACUCAAGCUUUUUAUCUUCGGCAUUGUGCUUCAAGGCGGUUAUUUCCAUGGCAUCAACAACCUAACUUAUGGUGUUGAUAUACAACAAAUUAGAUUGAUGGGUACGCUACAGAGGAUUGCAAUAGCAUAUUUAUUAACAGCUGUAUGUGAGAUUUGGCUCAAGAGGGAGGGCGUUGUGAAAUUAGGACGAACUAUGCUUAAGAAGUAUAAGUUCCAAUGGAUAUUUGUUCUGGUGCUUAUUGUGACAUAUACUUCACUGUUGUAUGGGCUACGUGUUGCCAAUUGGAAGUACCAAAUGCCUAGUGAAAGCUCCUCUUUCUCUUCAAACAUAACAUCGGUAAAUUGUGGAGUUCGUGGAGAUACUGGACCUGCCUGUAAUGCUGUUGGAAUGAUUGACCGUAAAUUUUUUGGAAUUCAACAUUUAUAUAAGAGGCCGACCUACGCUCGGGCGAAAGAAUGUAGCAUCAACUCACCAGGUAACGGCCCACUUCCAUCGAAUGCACCUAGUUGGUGUCAAGCCCCAUUUGAUCCAGAAGGAGUUUUAAGUUCUGUGAUGGCAGUUGUUACUUGCAUGAUUGGCCUGCAUUUUGGUCAUAUAGUAUUACACUUUAAGGAUCACAAGGAUAGGAUAAUAUCUUGGACGACGCCUGCUGCUGGUCUAGUUGUUAUGGGAUUCGUUUUGGACUUCUGCGGGAUGCACAUAAACAAAUCCCUCUACUCUUUAAGCUACACAUGUGUUACAGUUGGUGCUGCAGGCAUUCUUUUUGUCGGAAUUUAUGUGAUGGUUGAUGUAUUUGGUUUCAGAAAACCAACCUGGAUUUUUGAAUGGAUGGGAAAGCAUGCUCUGGUGAUAUAUAUUCUUGCAGCAUGCAAUGUUUUGCCUAUCCUCUUACAGGGUUUCUAUUGGAAGGAGCCUGAAAACAACUUUCUGAGAUUAAUUGGUAUUGGCCAAUCUUAAUCUGUUCACAGAGUAAGUAGGGUGCAUUAUGGACCUUUAAAAACGGGUGCAAAUGUAAGAUGCUGACCUUCUUGCCAAGCAUGGCGCUGAGGAGGAUUCUAAAUCUACAGGAAGGCGGCCAUUGGCGCCAAGCUUUGACAGUUCUUCUGAGGGUUUCUUUCAGGCCUCCGUUCCUUGUAAUAUUUUUUGUUUGUUUCUU